UUUCCCGGCAUACCCGGCGGGGGGGGGGCGUGGCCGCAGCGGGGCCGCCGUCGGGCCUUGGCGGCGCGAUGGCGGCGGCGGCCGCGCCUGCGAGCCCGGAUAUGUUCGAUGAGAUCGUGAUGGCUGAGGAAAGGUUUCAUGGUGAGGGGUAUCAGGAGGGGUACGUGGAAGGCAGUCAUGCUGGAGUUGUUGAGGGAAGGAGGUAUGGAUCGCUCCAUGGUGCCAAGAUUGGGUCUGAGAUUGGCUGCUACCUUGGGUUUGCACUGACGUGGCACUGUCUGCUCCAGAAAUGUGCGGAUGAGAAGAACAGCAAAAAGAUAAGGGCUCUGGAUUCAUUAAUAGGGAUGAUUCAGAAAUUCCCGUAUGAAGACCCCACUUACGAUAAGCUGCAAGAAGAUCUGGAAAAAAUCAGAGGAAAAUUUAAACAGGUUUGUUCAAUGCUAAAUAUUCAGUCUGAUUUUAGAAUCAGUACUGAAAGAACUUCACUAACAUUUUGAGUAUAACAGAUGAAGAUAAAAAUGGAUGACCAAGAAGAAACGUUAAGAGAACAGAUAACUGGAAUAGUGUUUAUCUACUCUGAUUUUAAACAAAAUCAAAAUAGUGAAGAGGUGCUAAAUAUUAAAGGGGAAAGGGAAAACCAUUGAACUUGCAAUAGGGCUUCUCAUUUGUCAUUUAACAUUUGUUAUCUCUAGGUUUUAUUAAGAAUUGCUGAAACACCGGUGUGUAUACCUGUUAAAUAGAAAUAUUUGCUUUAAUUCCUCGCUGGCCUUGCACUGACAGAUCAGUUCCCCAAAAGGAAAACAUAGGCAUUUGCAAAGUUUCCUUAUUUAAAGGGUUUAUGUCACUUAAAAAAUCUGUGUAUGCAGAUCAUCAGUUUACACGAUGUGUAGAUAUUGUAGGUGAACUAAAUAUAACCAACUGCCUGCAGACUUUGCAGUAGGAAACAUUUUUGUUUGUGAAGGGUAGAAUGACAAAUGAAGUCAGAAUGCAAAGGAGAAAGGUUAAGAUACCUGCUCAUAAAGUAGCUGCAGCUCAGAAUAUGAAAUUUGCACUUUCCCUAAGUUCUGCAGACCGAUGCAGGUUGGGAGGGUGAGGAAACCCCACCAAACCCCCCAAAAAGUAGUCAGUUUGUGAUCAAUGAGAGAAACAUGACUACCAGAAGAGUUGUGAUACUGAUACUAGUAUUUACUAGUACCCUUUAUUCAGGAAUAGCUUUUUAUUUUCUGGUCUUGAAAAUAUACUCUUUAGUCUCAAAAACAACAGAUGCUGUCGGCUAAAUGUAUUCAGCUACGUUAGUUUAAGAGAAAUACAGUCAAUUAUUUUACCUGAAAAAUGUUUUCGUUUGGGCUGCUCUAGAUGUCUUUGCAUACCGUUUGCAAUACAGUUAUAUAAUGAAUAUAUACUUCAGUCAGUUGUAACGUAUGCAUGUCUGCCUGAGUCUACGUGGCAUAGUGUAGCUUGAUACAGACAGAUUUGACCACCGUGAGUAUGGGAAGCUGUGCGCAGGGUAAACUAUCUCAGGUGAAGGAAACAUUUUAAUGCGGCCAUAUCCUUGAACAGCACUACUUUGUGCCACCUAGACCCCAAUUCUGUUUUACUUGUACAGCUUUUUUAUUAUACAAGACAAUAAGCAACUUGAAUUUUUAAGUUGUUCACUGUAUGUUCAUAUCUGGGAUAUGAAGGAUGUGCGUUCUGCUAAAAUUUUUGGAUUUUGGACUCUGAAGAUAAAGUUUUGCUGACUGCAUGGAGGGGCUGAUUUGCAUAUGUAUCAAUUUAUUUUAAAAUAAUCUUUUACUUUUUGUCUGUUUUCUGAGUAUGCAAAUAUGCCAAUGUCAGAGGAUUUUCUCAAUAACUGGUUGCUGGUGUGCUUUUUUUGUUUGUUUAAUUGUCUUACAUGUGUUAAGUGUUCAAACAGCUCUGAUGCAUAUAAUGAGUGUCAGGGCCAUCUAGUGGAGGAGGUUGUUGUAUAAGAAACAGAUUAUAAGAGUUCACAAAUAUUUAUGUAGAUAAAGUUAUUAACAUAGAGAGUACAGAACAUAUGUAUGCAUGAUACAGCUCUUCUAAUUACGUGGUGAACUUCUUUGAAAUAAAGUAAUAUUGAGGUAGGAUUCAUUUGAGACUUGAUCCUCAUUUGAGACCUUGGAAGGGGCAUAGCUGCAUUGAUGGCCUCUUUGUUUAUGACAGUUUGAGUACAGUUGGCUUUUAAUUGUUACGCAGCUAAACCACUGGGAACCAGAACAAGCACCAAACUGUAAGUGCCUGAAAAUAGAAGCAAAAUAAAAUAGCAUAGCCUGCAAUCUCAGUAAAUAGGUAGGCACAAAACAAAAAGCUGGCAUAUUAGAGAAAACAAAGCUAAUUUGACCUUAUAAUCAAUCACUUCAGAGAAAUCCAAAUUUGUAAAAGUUGUCUCUGCAUCCACAAACCAGUUUAUUUUUGCAAAUCAAAGUAUUUUACUGUUUCCUUCAAAUUAAUGGAAAGUACUAGAUAUUAAUCUGUGAUCAACUUUGACUCAAAAUAUUUUUUGUUGAAAUCCAUGAAUUAUGCUUUAAAUAAAGUCCCCCUGGAUCCUGAUCUAAAAAAAGGCUGUUUUGUUGUUCUUCUGAAUGAUAGUACAAAGAGAAGUAAACACUGGAGGUCUAAGUAUGCAUGUUUUUAAAUGUAGCCUUUUUGGAAAUCUUUGUACAUGGUUUACAAAAAGGUAUGUAAAAGCAAGGGAAGGGAUGUGAAAGCUCAAGGUAUCUGUGAAGAAUUUGAUUAAUAGGAGUGUACGAUGUGUGAGUUGUAUGCAAAGUGCUACUCUAGAGAUUGUAUCAAAGCAAAAUUAUUUUUGUUUGACUCUGGAGUGAAAGGGUCUUUGCAGAUAAAGCGGUUAAUGACAGUUGUUUUGGAAAUUGGUUUGGUGGCUGAUUUUCUUGUAUUGCUUUAACUUUAUUUAUAACAAGUUAAUAUUAGAAUAAAAUAUUAUAUAAAUAUAUGUAUUUACACAUUUAACUAUAAAAAUUGUAGCAACCAGGAUUUCAAACUGGGAUAUGCCAGGUUUAGCGUUGCCUAUUAGGUCUUUAAUUUAGCUCCGUAGAUGUGUAACUACUGAUUGAGUCUCUUAUUCCAUGAGUCUGUAUUUUGCUGAAUAUCUUCUGUUUCGUGUCUUGUACUGGCCUGAUGGUGUUUAUUAAAUGAGGUAUGGUUAAAAAUUCUGUUGGCUAUGUAGUUGCAUACUUUCUUCGGGGCAAAAUUUUUUUAAAACUGUUUCUGCUACAGAGUUGUGGGGUUUUCUGGGGUGUUCAGGGCUGUAACAGUGGAGUCUUCACAGCAUACUGGAGGGGUAUUUCAGUACCUUAUUUAAAGCUAAGGAGUUAAAGCCCAAGUUGCAUCAAGAAUAUUGAUCUUCCUUAACCAAUGUGAGAUGUCUAAUGUGACUCGUUCCAAAUGAUUUUACAUUUUGAGGACUUAAAUACUUCAGAAUAUGCUUCUUGCCAACAUCAAGAGUGGCUGAGUAUCUAGCUUUUUUCUAGGUUUGUAUUUUUGCCUGUGUUUCUCAGAUCAGUCACCUAGAAAAUGAGGGCCAUUACAGUUAGCAAACACCUGUGAAAGGUGUGUGCUUAAGCCAACUAGAAUGCCACUGGGGGAGAAAAAUCCAUCAAAAUUUUGAAAACCAGAAUUCAAUUUUGUGAGAUAUAAGCAUACGGUUUCUUUCAACACCUUUCCCAUUAGGUUAACAUCUUGCUAAAAUCUGUAACAAAUGAAAACAAAUUCUGAUAAAUGGCCUCAUUAAUUUCACACCCUGCUUACUCAUCCUGUGCCUUGAAUGGUCAGGGCUCUGGUGGUAGAGCAAGUGUUACACUGUAGGUAGAGAUUCUUUGGAAGAUCUGGGCACAGAGAGGCUGAAUAAAGCUUCUGUGGACCACGGUCAUUAGGACAUUUCCCAGUUUGAAUGCUUGACUGCGCAACUUAAAUAUUGCUUUAAAGACUGGGUGGAAAAGAUUCAGGAAAAAAAACGUGAUCUUGUGGGUUAUAAUAUUGGCUGUUAAUAAAGUGGGACAUAGAGAUGGCUCUGUGCUGUAUUGUCAACAGGUUUAAAAUUUUGCAGAAGUACUUGAACUGUUAAAAACAGUUAAGACAGAAAAUUUCUGCUAAAAUUAUUGAAGUUGUUAAGACUUAAAAAUGUAUCAUGGUAUUCACCACCUCUAGUUAUUGCUCAGUAGUUAGGGAGGAGUGUUUGAAACGUUUAACUUAGAAAUUUAUGACUUGCCUGGACUGUGUUGUAGCUUGUUUUGUUUCUUCGUGAUUGUCUCUUAGCUGAAGCUGUAGAAUGCAGAAUUCUUAUUAAAAGGUGAAUACAAAGCUAAUUGCUGCUAAUGUACUGAGGUCACUGCCGUCCAGAAGACUUGUAAUUUUUCUUUCGACAGUAUGUGAUGAGUACAAGAAAUUUUGAGUUUUGAGGCAUCACCAGAAGCAGGUAAACUCUGACUACAGCAAACUAAAUCCCUGCAGAAUUGCAUGCUGAUGCAAUGCUGUCUUACAGCCAUGGGAUUAUUAACUGCUAAUACCAAGUCAGCCAUCACUAGAACAUGUAAAUCUGACUUUGUAGGUUAUCUGUGUCAUGGUACUACAUCAGUACAGUAAAAAAAUAGGCUGAGGUUUGUUAAAGCCUCCUAGUAAAAAUCCAUGAAUAAAACACCUGUUCCAUCUUUAUUAAGCAGAAUACUGUCUUUCCAUUUGCUGUAAACUGUAAUGUGAAGGGCACCAACUUCAGCUUUGAAAGAACAUCUGUAGUCAACAGAAAUGGGUGAAAUAAUAAAUCAGAAAAAAAUCUGGGUAUGCAACUGUUUGCUUAAAAAUCAACCCUGUAGGAGUAGCGUGGCUCAUUCAAUCCUAUCAUGUUUCUCUGAAACAAGGUUACGAUCAUUUACAUGUGGAUGCGUAGGGGAAGUCUGGCGUCCCAGCUUGGCAUGCCUUGUUUGGUUACGUGACUUUGUGAUCUGGUUGCUAGUGAGGUAUGAAAUCUAUAAGCAACAGUGUGUUCUAGUGUGCACAUAAAACCUGUGCAAAUGCAUGUUGCUAGCUUUCUGGAUAUACACUGUUUAGAGGAAGAAAAGUAAAGACUGGUUUAAACGCUGCCUUUGUUGUAUUAUUUUUGAUGAGUAAAGUAGCCAUGUUGGUCUGUGUCUUUAGGAUUUCUGGAAAAGUAGGACAUUUUUGUUGAUUAUUUUUAAAUAGAUAGAUUACAUUGAGAUAAAAUUAUGAGUUUUAAUUUUCCAGUACAUGAGUUCCGAAGUUUAUAAAUCUGUAGACUUUGUUUUCUGAAGAGAUGCAAGAGAGAGUUUGAACUCUAUGAUGUAUUUAUGAAUGCUUAAUUAACUUCGGCUGUAAAUACAACUUCCUUUAUUGGAACAAAGGGAGAUCAUCUGUCAAAAGUCUGCCUGCACCCUAAUACUCCACAGUGCUUUAGAGUAAGAACUGAUACCCUUUAAGAUAUAUGACUUACCCAAUGGAAAUCCUGUUCUGUGUACAUAUUUUUUUGUUUGGUAUGCGUCUACAUCCCUUUGAAUCCUUGAGUCCUUUUUGAAUAUAAACUUUUAAUACCCAUCUCCGCAUUAAAGUAUUACAAGAAAAAGGCAUUAAAAAUGGAAUCUUUUAUUUAUAAAAAUCAUGAAACUACAGCCCUGGAUCUAAUAUUUAUUCAUUUACUCACAAGCUGCCAAAGUUGUAUAUUUUACUAAAUACAGCCUUCUGUUUCAAGAUCUGAUUUAAUAAUCUUAGAUUAUUUUCUCGUUGCUAUUAAAUGAAAGCGGUGCCUUUCCCUGGGUGGCUUGUUUGAACAUUUGUGGGUUGGUUGGUUUGUUUGUUUGUUUUUAUAACGUCCUGUAAUUACUCGGCAGUGUUGCAUGCUUGAAAGGGAAUGCUGAUGAUAUUAAUGCCAUUUUCUGGAGAUAAAGAUGUGGGCAAGCAGGGCGAGGGUAAGACUCCUUGUCAGGGUCAUUACUGUCUUAAACAAUUUCUGCAAUGAUAGCAGCAUGAAGCACUAAGUAUUUUUACACAGUGCUGGUGUGGGUGUGCCUAAUGAUCUUAAGGAUAUAGUUUGAAAUCUGCCAGAAUUUUCUGAAGUCCCUCUGGAUUAGAGUCUAUUUUUGAUGGGAGUUUGUUCAGGGCACUCCAAAGAAGGUUGUAACAAAGCUGGGUCAGGCAGAUGGAGCAACGUGUGUGUGAUAAUGUAUCUCAUCCUGAUCUUCUGAAAGAGCAGGGCCUUGGUUUGAAACAAAAGGUUUAAUAUUUCUACUAAUGUUAUAAUUCUUCAUAUUCUUGGUGCUACUCAAUAUGAAUGUUAGUGCCUUUUGAAUACUGCCCUUUGCAACUUCUUAUGGAAAUGGGUUCCGGUCUAAUUACAGCCCAAAACUUUCAUAGUUUGGCAAGUAACCAUGAAGAUUCUCAUUUUACAGUCUGCCAGAGUUGUUUUUUUUUUUUAAUAGAUAAAGUGAUGACAAUACACAUUACCACAGAAAUCUGUAUAUCACCAGAGAACAUGGAGAUUGGUGGGUGUGAAAUGAGUUCUGCAGCAAGUUUUGGUGUCUAGGAUUGAUGUAUAAAGGUCACCUAGAGCAAUCUAGUACUGAAAUGCUUCAGUGUCUCCCAGGAUUUGGAAUUGCAGAACCAGCUCAGCCUCUAGUGACAUUAAAAAUAAUAAUAAAAAAGCCUUGUAUGCUAUUUUGAAAGCAGUCUUCCAAGUAUUAAACUCUGUGCACUCAGACUUGAAAAUAUUGGUUUCGUUAGCAGGGGCAAGAAGAGAACUUGGAGGUCUUGGAUUCUUUGGGAUUGUCUAGACUACACUGUGCAAUGGGGUGAUAUCUGGGGUAAAAUUAAAGCCAGCUUAAUGCAGCAGAAAGAGCCUCCCUAUGUUAGAACAAAGCACUGAUCUAGUUGAUGUACAAUGCUGUUAAAUACCCGCAUAAGCUCCAUUUCAACACUUCUUACAUUUAGUUCAUUUGUAGCUAACUCAGGUAUCUCUUUGGCAUCACACUGUGAAUAUUCCUACCUUAAUCACAGGAGUGUUUAUUCUUGAAGUGUAAUUACAUUCUUGUGGCAUUUCUCAUCCUAAGAUUCUUUAAGUACUUUGCAACUCCUGAAUAUAUGUAUAGCUCUACCAAAUGAUGCAAUACUAUGCAGAAGGAAAGAUGGUCAGUACACUUACCUGAAACGUAGACAACAUAGGAGCCUUUGGAAAUCUUUGUUAGCGUAAAGUAGUACCCGUUCACUCUCAUAUGAAAUAUAUGAAAGGUAAAAAAAAAAACCAGGCAUAGUAAGAGCCAGUUGAUUCUGAAGUGGCUUGCUAUACAAUGUUUUUAAUUGUUCUGUCAUAUUUCAUAUACAUAUGUAAUUGACCCAUAAUAUGGCAUUCUGGGUAUCUGGUUUUGGCACAGCAAAAUUGCCUACAGAAGAUUUCUGAACAGGUAUAAGAAAUAGCAUAUAGCUUUUGUCUUGAAAGAUGAGAAAGCUUGAUUGUAGUUGUGCGGCAUCUGGAUGGAUGGCGUCUGAAAUAGUGGUGUACUGACUGAAAGAAUUAAACUGAUAGUUGUUUAUAAUAAAAUUACAGAGUUUACUUUUAGCAGACUGUUUAGAGAGCAGAUCGAUAUUCACCCUCUGUAUCCUGACUCUGAUUCUAGACAGAAUCAACAUCAGUUUUUGUCACUGUCUCUCAUUUUUGAUUGUUCAGCAACGUAUUUGCCGCUUUAUCUCAAUGCAAUAGUAAUUACAAUUUUUAACCUUCAGCAUCUUCAGGAUUCUGGGGAAUAAUCAACACUGCAUGGAAUCUUUAUCCAUUGUAGGAACUGUGAGUCAGCAACCCUUUAAUUUUUUUAGUUGCAGCUAUUGUUCCAGCAGCGAGCUUUACUGCUAUUGUCCACUGUUUGUCCAGCUCACGUUUACUGGACUGUGGGAACGGAUUAGGGUUUCAUGGCUUUUUUUUUCCUUCUUGCAUAAACUCUUGAUCAAAGACAUUCCUUGGAUGACAAAACACUGUAUACUGUGUCACACAGUCCUGACCAGACUGCACGAACAGUAGUUUAAAAACACAUGCCUACAUUGUUCUCUAAACUGGCUUUUUUUUUUGCAAUGUAUGUGCAGACAUUGAAUUUUUGAGACCCCAUUUACCUCGUUUAAAAAACACACAUAUAGAAGUUAUUGUUAAUAAGCACUAGACAGCUUCUGAAAUAUGAGUGAAAAACAAAUUACUAUUUGAAACUAAAAAUCAGUGUAACAGUAUGUCACUUUUAAGUGGAGUUAGAGGUUAGGUCUGCAGUGUGUUUCCUUCCUGAGGAGACCUUGGGUCAUGGUGCAGUUAGUCAAGUGCGCUGUAAACCUAAAACCACAUGGACUUAUGGCAUCAUGUUAUGUGUCAUAUGCAGAGCACCUGAGUAAGAUGGAGAAUGAUUUGAGCACAAUUGGGGAAUUCAUAACCUUGCUUCACCAUAGGUACAUUGUUAGAACUGCAUGUUGAGAAUCUGGCUCAUUACAGUUGUAUGGUUUGUUCUUCUUUUAAGUUCUCUUAUGCAAUAAGAUGAGGACAGACUUCACAAAAAUCCACUAGCAUUAUUAUUUCUCAAACUAGUGAGAAAGAAAUCAUGUUAGAGAAAAAUAAGAGAGUUUUUCAAGGAGCUUUGACUUGUGAUUUGCCUGAAAUUAUCCUUCAGCAGGAGCAUGAGAGAAGUACAAAGAGAUCCCUGAAGACACCUUAAGCAGGUUUACAGAGGGAUUAAAAACCAUGGAGGACUAUAUUUAGGUGAUUGGAAAGUUAUCUGAGGAUGAGACAACACUUAGUUUCCACAGACAUGUGAGGCUUUGCAUAUACUUGUUUGACCCUGCAGCACUGUUGAGCGCUGUCAUGCAGGAGUGGAGGCAGAUGAACUCUUUCACUUAGAUUAGAAAGACAUUGUGCGUAACGGAGGAACCUUUCUGAUCCUUUGUAGUCCAAGGGUCUCUGUGAAAAGAGAAACCUGAAUUAAUAUGUGGCUGAUACAUUGUCUAAAAGGAACAAAGUGGUCAUAGUAAAUGGCUGAAACAGCUACAGAAAUAUUGAGUCAAAAACAUGAAAUAAAUGUAUUGUUCAUAAGAAAUAACGUUUACUUUUGAGUAAAUAAUUGCUGAUGCCUUCUGGAAAUCUUGGGAAGAUAUUAUAUCUGUGCAUGUAAAAAGAACAUAGCUAUAUUUAACAGUAUACAUUUGCUAAAGAUCUGGUCUUUAAAGUAGCCAACAACCAAAUGUAAACAACUAUGGCCUGCGGGUGUUCAAGGAGCUAAAAAGCUGUUCAAAAAAUAAUACCCUGUAUUCAAACAAUCUGUAGUGAUAAAAUCUAAUAAAAGGAGAAAUAAAACAUCAAAAAGCUCAAUUGUCCGUUUCAGACAGUUUGCCAUCAGAGUGGUGACUUAGGACGCUAGGUCACUCGUUUGGUGCUGGCUCAGGUGAGUUGUCGUAAUGCUCUAGUGGUGGUUUAGUGGUCUUUGUUAAAUGAUCUGCCCAUCUCAGCCCGGCUUCUUGAAGACUGGUGCUGAUGUUACAAAUAACAUCCUUACAGUGGGUAACAUGUUAGCUGUCGUAGGAGACCAUUUAAUGGAGUAUAGCUUGUGAGUGGGUUAAGACAAGUGUCACAGGGCAAUCAGGUGGGAUGAAAACCAUACCACUCAGCAACAUAUAAUCUAAAAAUUAUUUACUUAGCAGGUUGGGAUCGGUGAGUGGAGAGCAAUUUCCAUUCUGUAAUGCACACGCUACAUGCAGAAGUCAAAGCCCUAGACCUUCAACACCCAGGAGGAGAGGGCUCCUGGCUUGGAGCUUGGCCUGUGCAUGUAGCGAUUCCUCCUUUGGUUCAGCUUUCUUGAUGGUAUUGGAUAUCGGUACCUGGAGCUCUCUCCAGCCCUGAGGAGUUAACUCUCUUAACCACUUACUGCUUUAUGUGUUUGCCAGCACAAGCAGUUGCAGGCCAUUCUCUUUGACUUUUUCCAUAUCUAAGGUGAGUUGCUGGUGCGGAGGAGGUUCCUGUCACCCACCCCAAAUGCGUUGCCAAGUGUGACUUUAGCAACAGUUGCCUAAUGAAGUUCUUAGUUUGCUUCUUUGUUUUCCAGUUCAUGCCACAUUAGUCAGAGCUGAGCAGAUGUAGUCAAGGUCUCAUUUGACUGGGCAGUCUUUGGCUUUCAGGUAGGCUUCGCUCCUCAACAGACAUGUCAUCAGGGAGGGAAGAUUGUACUGUGACUCUCCAUUAGCAUAUAUAAAAUAUGAUGGGAAUAUAAUUUUCUACUGCAGUCUUCAAGUGAGUGGACAAGACUGGUAUUCUGGUUUUGAGAUGAAUCGCUGUGUAGUUUUUUAACCUGAAAUAAGCACUAAUUUUUGUGUUUCCUCAAGGAUAUUAUCAUAAAUGAGAAAAAUCACAUAAGCCAUAAUUAAAAUGAGAAGAGAGAUGAAAUCCACACAGAUGGAUUUUUUUUUUUUCCUAGUGUAUAAGAGGGAAUGCCUCUAGCAGCCACUGAACACAGCCUCCUGUGUCCAGAGAGGCAACUUGAGAAAGGUAAAACUGCUGUUGCGUUGGUCUGUAUAUGGUAGUGACUGCUCCCUAAAAUCUUGGGACUGUUCUGUGAAGGAAUUGGCGUUCCAAAGACCACAUUAAAAACAGCUUCAGGAGUUCAGUAGAAGUGGUGGUGUACACCCCAGGAGCAAAUCUAUUGCCCACACACUGUGGGUGGUGCCCCUGCAUCAGCAUGGCCCGCGCAGAGCGAAAAUGCUGCCUGUGUGCCACGCGGCUGAUGUGCUGUGAGCACAGUGUCUUUCUGGCAGUAGUUCCCUCUUCAGGUAAGCGCGCUGAGGAAAAUGAUGGCUGUGAAGACUUAGUGACUUCCCUGAAAUAUGAGACAUUUUAAUACAUAGUCUUGACACAGGCAGAAAGGAGAUCUAAGUAGCGCUCUGCAAACGCUAAUAGGAUCACCAAGAAACUAUUUCUGUUUUCCAUCUUUAAUGUCUAUCACAUUAAAGAAACAAAAGGAUAACUUCUGCCUUACUCCUAAAUUUGCACUCCUUAAUCCUAAAGAACAAAAUCACGAGUCUGGCAAGUCUCACAUUCAGUGCAAUCCAGCUGACUGAUUUGCAGUCCUUUCUCAUAAUUUAAUCGGAAUAUUGUGUGGAACUCAGUCAAAAGCCGGAUGGGAAUCUAUGUUUGCCAUGCCAAUGCAAUUACUAUUAUCAAUUAUAUUUGUGGGAUGGUAAAAAUACCAUGCUUGUCUGAAGAGAUACAUUUCCCAUAACAUGAUGCUGGCAGGAAUUCAUUAAAAUGCCAUCAUUUAUAGCUUUACUGCCUUUGUCCCAUUGUAGCUUUUCAAUGAUGUUGCCAGGAAUCUUUAUCAGAGUAUCUAGCCCACAUGCCUGGGUCAUUCCUAUGACUCCUUUGAAAUAAUAGCUCCAAGCUUCACUUUCUCCUCUGUCUUCUGGAAUUUUCUAUCACUUAAAAUGCCAGAUACGCUUGAAUGUAAGCGGAUUCUGAGUUUUUACAGUUAACAGAUCUUAUUUAUAAAGAGUAUGUGAAUUUAAGUGUUCAUAAAUGGUCCAAGCUUGUCAAUCAGUCUGAAUUCAGCAAUGGCUUUUGGAGGCCUCUUGGAGGUUUUUCUGUUUAUGCGUCCCAAUCUGAUGUAAGAAAAUACAGUAUUUUUCCCUUUAAUAAGCUACAGCAUAGCCUAGCUGAACAUGCAUAUUUUUUACUGCCUAUAGUAAAUUGUUUUUCUUGCUACAUUCUUGUCUUUCUGCCCUUCGCAAUGUGAGUAAUACUGGCAUAGUUCACCCAACGUUCGAAUUUAGUAGUCUGCAUUUAGAGAAGGAAAAUGUAAAUAACAGAGCUGACUAUGUGGGCUUAAACCUACUUAAGUCACAGAACACUUCAGUCAAGUUUAAUAGAGUUUAUAAAACAGAUAGGAAAGGCAAAACCCACUUAACAUGCUCAACAAAAUGCAGAAUGUCUCACUGAAUCAUUUUGACUUUUUUUAUCAGCAAAAAGGUUUUCGUCCCAAAUCAAGAUUUCACAAGUAAAUCUUUACUCAACUUUCAAACAUUUAAAAUCAGAGGACUUAGCCAUCAGUGACACAGAAGUGAGUCGUCUUUUUUCCUGUUUUUUCUUUAAAACAUGCUGAAACUUUGCAGAAAACUGGUAAAAGAUCUGUGUGGAAAAAAAUCAGUCUCUCUUUGACUGAGUCCAGUUUAAGGCUUAAUCUGAAUUUAAAGUUGCUGUUAAGGUAGUUUAGAUCUUCUUUCACUGCUAUAUGAAUCUUCCUCAGUGGCUUACCAGUGUAACUUGACCAUAUUGAGCAGCUCCCCAUUUUGAAUGGAAAAAUUACAGAUCACGCUAUGUACUGAUCUUACUUCACCUACCUGAUCUAUGAUUUUAGGGUAGGCCACGUAAGUCAGGUUUCUGUCUGAAAUGACUGGGAAACUGACAAGUUAAUACAGGCUCAGUGGGGAUUCUUCUGAUGCAGAUGGUUUCCCAUCUAUUGGUAACUGCACUAAGAAAACUUUUUUUGCACUAGACUAUAAUUAACGUGUUAGGUGUUAACUUGGGAGUUUCAUUUUUCAUUUCCUUUGCUGUACUUACUGCAUAGAAUCAGUUGUAAUGUGAAGUUUAGUCAAUGAGAAACUCAGGAGGCAGAUACUAGAUUUCUAAUUUGCGACAGGAGAGACAAGCACUUGACUUUUAUGUAGAUUUUUUUUACGGCAGAAAUAUUUUCAUAGGGUAAAUAGUCAAAUACAGAGGUUAGAAGCCUGACCACCUCCACUAAGAGUAGGCUACUGCUGUGUUCAGCCCUGAUAGUAAUGGAUAAUGUGCAUCCUCAGUUUUCAGAGGUACUUUGGAAUGUGAAUCGGUUAUAACUUUUUCUCAUUUUACUUUAUAGUCAUAUAUCAUUUUUGUCCUUCUAGGUCUGGUUCUCUUUUAUGUAUUGUUAGUAGGCUUUUACAUUUUUCUGGUUUAUUCCUUAUUAUCUUAGUGAUACAAUAGUAAUGUACGAGGGGAAGGGAAAGAAGGCAGGUUAACCUUACUGCUUUCAAAACAAACCAUCUUCUGUAAAGGUAUUCUAGGACACAAAAUCUUACCCUGAUAAAUAAAUACAAACAAGCAUUCUGUACCAUCGAACACCUACUUUAUUUUACCUUUUAUUGAAAAGAACCACCAAAUGGUGGUUUACUCUGAGAAAUUAGCUUAGAUGUUUAAAAGAAAGUCUUCAGCAAAAAAAAAAUUUUUGCUUUUUUAAAAAUACACAUUACUGUGACAGGCAGUCACCUACCCAUUGCUAAAAACCGCCUACGGUUUCCCAAGAUAACGACAAAAGGUUUUUAGCAUUGCAACUAUUAAGGCAGAGAGUCAAAACCAGAAAAUGUCAUGCGGUUUUACUCAUUGCAUCAGGUAGUUAAUACCAUUCAGCAUUCAUGAAGGCAAUAAAAAAAAUAAGACGACGACGACAAGCAGACAUUGGGUUUUACCAAUUUUAUUUCUAGACUUUAGUUUUUUUUGCUGGAAACUUGUCUGUUACAGGUCUGUUGGUGAAAAUGUGCAUUUCAGACCAGUGAUGCCAAUAAGUACAAUAUAAAAAUGUACAAAUCUGAAUUGCUUGCUUACUACAGAUUGUUAUAAUAAUGUGACAAAUAAAGCAUCUCUGUUGGCACAUGAACCCACUUAAUCUGGAUUUGGCCUUUUAGUACAUACAAUAUUUUAAAGAAAUUUGCAGUACACACUGCCACUCAGUGUAACACAUAAUAUAACCAACAAGCACUAACUCAAUAAUCAUGUUUGGUUCAGAGACACAGAGAUGCCACAAACAGAAGUGUUUUAUGAGGUAAGCAGUAAGAAAUGUUCCUGAAAUUUGGACAGAAUGUAUCCAGUCCUCCUGGGUCCUGCGACUGCUAGUAGCAUUGCAAUGCUUUAUUUAUGCACUAUGUAGGAUCUUAACUGCAUUUGCCUCAAAAUGAGUUCUAAUUCUGUUUUGGUUUAGCAGCAUACAGGCAACAGCUAGAUUAUUCUUCAGCAUACAACUCUGUUAGCUGGCUUAUUUAUGAGAUUUACAGGCUUUUUAAAUUAGCAUUAUGCUAUAAUUAAAAAAAAAACCAACAAAAAAACUAGUAUAUCAUAACAGAUUAAACACACAAAAUACUUAGAGUUCCAGAAGAUAACCUAUCAUACCAAAUGAUGUGUCCCAGCUGGUGGAAAACCACAUCAGGUGGCAUACAAGAGUUAUAUUAUAAUGCACCUUUCAUAUAUCAAUGUGGCUAAUAACACAGCUUAAACUACUAUGAUAAUAAACCCCAGAUCAGACAAAGAAUCCAGCUUUAUAAAAUGCAUAACAAAAAAACUGACAUUACUUGAUCUUCUGAAAUGUCUGCUGUUUUUAAAUUAACGCAACCUAGUUGCAAAUCGCGAGACCCAUUCAGAAUAAACGUUCGAUGCAUUUCAGUUUGCAGUAGAACUAUGAGGCACUGUGUACGAACAUUAAAACCUGGUCUAGACACGGUUAACUGAAGUAUGAGGUAUUGUGAAACAGGAACCUUUUUGGAAUAGAGCAGUAAUCACAUUAAGUAAAAAUUGAUCACAUAAAAAAUCUACAAAAAAAAAUGAUGUCAAUAAUAUAAUUUUCUAUGAGAAAAUUAAAACCUAUAACAUGGCAGUAUAUGACAUUGUAUAACAAAAAAAAAACUGAUCCACAAAAUAGCAGCAAAACACAAUGACAAAGAUACAGAAAAGCAAUGUUAAUUUUUUUUUUCAAACCAUGCUGGGAAUUUAUCCAUAGCAGCUCAAUAAAGAUGGAGCAUCCGCUCCUUUUCUUUUUUCUUUUUCUUUUUUUUUUUUUAAAUUUUAAAACUUUUUCUUUUUUUCCUUUUUUUUUUUUUGUUGUUGUUGUUUCGUGUUUUUACAAUCAACACCUUAGCGGCAGUUUUCUCACAUACAUUUCACCAUCACAUUCUCCUCGAGCAUCAACUUCAACAGCUAUGUCCACGUCCCUUCAGCUACUUUCUAAAAUAAUAAUAAAAAGAUACAUAGCCAAGAUGUGCAAAUUUUCUAUUUGUAGCUAAAUUAAAAAAAAAAAAAAUGGGCCAUAUACUGGAAUAAGAACUUCUUUCAAGUACUCCAAUUUUCGUAUCUAUUAACUAUGGCGUUUUCAUGGUUAGACUGCUUUUGAAAAAUGUAUAGGAAGGGGCCAAAUAGACUGCUUUGUUUGGGGUUUGUUCUUUGAAGCGUGUCCUCUUUUCUUUAAUAAGCUGGUUUAAAACUGCAACAUCAAGGGUAGAAAGAUUUUUCUUUAAAAAAAAGGGGGGCGAUUGCAUUAUUUUACAAAUCAUACUGGCCUCACGAACAUCCUCUGCAAUAAAUAUUCUUUUUAGCCUUAACUAUAAAUUAUAUAUUUUAGUGUUUAAAAACCUUCAGUUGUAAAACAUCUAGCGACAAUCCUUAAACUAUGUGUCCUAUAUGUGAACCUUUAAGGCCCCUAAUUUAUAAAGAUGAGUUGGCACCAAAGGAUUUCUAAACUUCAACUUUUCUAUAGAAAAGGAUAGGAAGAUAGCCUGGCAAUUUGUGAAUGCAAUUUCUCUCACUGGAACACAACCUUCGGAAAAAAAAAAAUCACCUCUCCUCUAACACCAUAGUUAAAUGCACUUGCUUUGCAAUUCCAAGUUUGCGAACAAGCACGUAUAUAUUUCCAAACCAUUCCAUUAAAAAAAAAUUCCCACACAAUAAAGAAUGUAUUUCCUAUAUCUAAUGGACUGAAAGUGCUUUGAAUGGAAUGGUUUUAGAAUAUUACAAACAAACAAAAAAAAAAAAGACUAAACUGUGGAUUGAACCUGACCAUAAUUAGGCUGAAUAUCUGUGGGGUCAGACCAGCAUUUUACACAGGUAACUACAAAAAUAUGAAGAUUACAAAAAUAUAAUAUAUUAUGUCACUAUUUCGGUUUCUCUUUAUAAUAGAGUAUCGUACGAGUAGUACAUUGGCCUUUCCCAACAAUGCUAAGCUGGAACCCUACAAAUGCCUUAUGCACAGGCAAUCCACAGGCACAAAAAAAAGAUUAACAUAUAAUAAUGCUGCAUACUAACAUACACUAACUUAUGGGUUACGUUAACCAUUUAUAAGGUGAAGAGGAUAAAAAAAAACCUAAGGAAAUAAAAUAAACAUUUACAGAUGAAUUAUAAAGUGACUAAAUGCAUAAGCAAGCAAGAUACAGAAAAGCCUAGAACUGCGUUAAAGCUAUGCUUUUUAAAGAAAAAAAAGAAUAUUUCAUUUACUAUCUAAAAAAAAAAACCUCUUCUACUUUAAAAAUGGUUGGGUGGUUGGUUUUAUAUGUAAGAAAUCAAAUCUAAUACCUCCCCUGGAGACAUUUUGUGUGUUAAUGCCUAUUUUUACAACAUACAGACAAGAACACUUUAAUAUAAAAACUAGUUGAUUAUUAUUGUAUAAAAUCCUCUAUUUUUGUAGCACAAACCCCUGGGGGUAAUGCAAAUACUAUUUUUUUCUUUUUUUAAGACAGUUUUUGGGGUAUUUUUUGUUUAUUUGUUUGUUUGAAGUCACAGAUGGAAGGGAGACAGAGCAAGAAAAAAAUAUAACAAGACUGGUUUUCCCUUCUGGUAUAAAAAUGUCCUGGAGAAAAGGGUUUCUGGGGGGGAGAUCCUGAUGCUGAUUCCUUCUCAGAUGCCCUUUCUUUGUCUGCUUUUCUCGCCAAGCAAACCCAUUAGAAGAAGUCCUCUUAAAUGUUCACAUCUCGCACAUCAGUAGGUGUGCAGGAAAGGUCUGCUUCAUCCUCUACAGUCUUUGUUUCUGAAGAUACGUUGUGCUGCUGUGCCUGACGUAGACUGGAUUCAAGGAGGGAUUCAAUCUGUUCUUGGCAGGCUCGUAAACAAUCCUAGAGAAGAUUAAAUGGAAGGAGAAAAAGACCCAGGGUUCUUUAGAAAAACAGCAAGAUCACAGACCAAAUACCAUUGCUUGAAAAAGCAAGAGAAAUAUAAUCAAGUUACUUGGGAGGGCAGCAGACUGAAAGGAGUGUGGGAAGAGCACAAGAAACCCUGAACUAUGAAUGGAUUGGACGAGCCGCCCCGUUUUCUGCAGGAUGCUAGCCUGCCUGGAUCCAGACUUCGGCAACUUCUACUUAACGGCCUAGAGACACACAGCGUUUUAAAUGACAAAAAGAAACGCCUCAUAUCCUGAAGUCAUCACGCCUUUGGCUCCUACAUACCUCUGGCCUUCACAAUAAGAUCUCUAUGAAGUCCUUUCACCCCUUCCCAAGAUAUGACGGAUCAAUCCUGACUGUAAGGCUUCUACUUGCGUGUCCUGUACCGUGUACCUCAGUCACACUUGGAGUUAGAUGUUCAGGAAUGCGUUUGAUCCGCGGCAGUGUACACCUUGGAGGAGAAUCAGAAACAAAGGAAAUGGCACAAGUAAGCGUCUAAUUUUGUGAGGAAGAAAGGGAAAUGCCACAUAAUACACAAGAACCUGAGAUACAUUCCUUCAGCUUUUAUCAGAAUACAACUUCCUCUGGGUUGAAAAAAUAUAAACCAUCUGUCAAACCCUUGAAUGAAAUCAAAGGAAUGGACAGCUUAGAGGGCUCAGUGGAACAGUUAAGUAUUAAAUCAUGCAUCUCCUUUAUUAUGAUAAAAUAACUUUUGUGUAAAUGUUUUACCAGUGAAACUAAAGACUUCGGGACUCCAUGAAAGUCCUCACCCUGAAUCUAUUCAUAUACCUCUGACGCUCCAUUGUAGCCCUGACCAAUACCCACCUUCAAAGGCGCAUUUCACCCAGCGUUCUACGAACCUUCAAAAUUGAACUGAUACGAUGAAUUGCAGCCAAACUUUUGUGAUGCGCUGCCAGCGAAAAGGCAAGCUUGAUCUAAAGUCAUCUCAUUUACGUUACCGUGCUUAAAAUAAAGUCAGUUUAUCCCCUUU